AUGAUGGCCCGAUGUGCUCCACGGCUUAUCCGCCCCUUGCUAAAUGGACUUAAUUUGGGCAAAGUUCAGUCUUUUCAAUGCCUCAGAGUAGCUGAGCACAGUCAGGCACCUGCCAGCCUGCAGCCAGAGAGAAGCUUCAGCUCCACACACAGGCUCCGUGAUGUCCCAAGGGACACAGGCUCUGCGGACAGAGUGACGGUGCAUUUUAUAAACCGGGAUGGAGAGAGACUCACGGCCACAGCCAAAGAAGGGGAGAGUUUGCUGGAAGUGGUGUUUAAUCAAAACCUGGGCAUCGACGGCUUUGGUGCCUGUGAAGGGACAUUGGCCUGCUCCACGUGUCACCUCAUCUUUGAGGAGGACGUCUUUCAAAAGUUGGAUGCCAUUACAGACGAGGAGCUGGACAUGCUGGAUUUGGCCUAUGGACUCACUGAUACAUCACGCCUAGGCUGCCAGGUGUGUGUGAAGAAGGCGAUGGAUGGUCUGACUGUCCAGGUCCCAAUGGAGGUUGCUGACAUGAGGAGAGAGCUGGAAGUGGGAAAGCAAAGCAAAUAA